AUGGCUUUAUGCCAGAACAGACUUCAGGAGGAGAGGAAGCAAUGGCGAAAGGAUCAUCCUUUUGGCUUUUAUGCAAAGCCUACACGCAAUGCUAACGGUGUACUUGAUCUAAAGACAUGGGACUGUGGAAUACCCGGGAAAGAAAAGACUCUAUGGGAUGGAGGUCUCUUUAAGUUGAGUGUCGUCUUCCCAGAUGAAUACCCAACAAAGCCGCCGAAAUGCAAAUUCGUUCCGCCACUUUUUCAUCCAAAUGUUUACCCAUCUGGAACGGUUUGCCUGUCGAUUCUCAACGAAGAAGAAGGUUGGAAACCAGCUAUAACAAUAAAGCAAAUUCUACUUGGUGUACAAGAUUUACUUGAUGACCCGAACCCAGACUCUCCUGCACAAGCUGAUGCGUACAAUCUCUUCAAAAAAGAUCGACAGGCCUACGAUACCAAAAUUCGUAGAAUUGUUAAGGAAAACCCUGCACCAUAG